ACCUUGGCAGAGCAAUCUCUUUCUCAGUAAGUUUUUUGACUCUCAAUUUUAUGUUGUUUUAAACUAUUUCAGUUUGCUCAUAUUUUUCCAUCUAUUGCAAGGUAGUCAAAUCCAAAUGGGAAAGAACGAGCAAGAAUGAUGAGCAUAUUGGAUGGGUAUUCCCAGUUUCAGAAGCUGAAGAACUGGAGCCCAGCCUGAUCCUUUGAAUGGAGCAAGAAGCACAAGGGAACUCUAUGAGAUUGCCAGCGAGAACUACAGUGGAAAAUAUUCAGUUCCUGUAUAUAUCAUUCAUUUGAAGUUGUCAACAUGUUUGAAUCACAAAAUUUAACUGAUAGAUUCCUGUUUUCUAUCAGGUUCUAUGGGAUAAAAAACUCAAAACGAUUGUUAACAAUGAGAGUUCAGAUAUAAUCCGGAUGUUCAAUGCUGAAUUCAAUGACAUAGCAGAGAAUGCAGUCCUUGACCUUUAUCCUCCUGCCUUGCAAUUCCAAAUUGAUGACGUUAAUGAAAGGAUAUAUACUGGAACAAACAAUGGUGUUUAUAAAUGUGGUUUUGCUAUGAAGCAAGGCCCUUAUGAGGAGGUACUGGUCCUACUGCUUCCAUGUCUAAGGAACAAAUUAUGCUUGUGCUAACUGCAGAAACAGAGAUAAUCUUCCUCUUGCAGGCUGUGAAAAACUUGUAUGAUACCUUGGACAAAUGCGAGGAGAUUCUCGGCAAGCAGCGAUAUAUAUGUGGAAGCUCUCUGACUGAGUCUGACAUCCAAGUGAGAUUUGAUGAGGUUUAUGCGGUUCACUUCAAGUGCAACCAGAAGCUGAUCCGAGAGUACCAGAAUCUGUUCAAUUACACGAAAGACAUUUUUCAAAUUCCAGGGAUGAGCAGCACUGUGAGCAUGGAACACAUCAAAAGGCAUUAUUAUGGAAGCCGUCCUUCCAUGGAUCCAUUGGGGAUUAUUCCUGUUGGCCCUAACAUUGACUACCCUUCUCCUCAUAACAGAGAGAGGUUUUCUAUUUGAAUUGCCUCAUCCUGUGACUUCAAAGGUAGAAGAUAAUUACUUUAUUUUUAUGUGUUUUCCAAAUUAGAUCAUCUAAUUAGCCUGCCUUUCUCAUUAAAUCAUCUUAUGUAUCUCCAUAAGAAUCCACGACUA